AUGGCAACAGGUGUUCAGAGUGACUCGGCAUCUGAUCAAGCCGACGUCCACAGAUGCGAAGACAAGUUGAACAUUGUGAUCGUGGGAGCAGGGUUAGCAGGUCUGGCUGCCGCCAUCUCCUGUGCUCUUGCAGGACACAGGGUCACAGUCUUCGAGGCCGCCAAAGAACUGGCUGAGAUCGGUGCUGGACUACAAAUCACCCCAAAUGCUUCGAAAUUGUUUCGAGAGUGGGGCUUGGAAGAUUCAAUCAAGGCCCUAGCUGCAAUACCGACGGUCCUGGCUGUGCACAGAUACAGGGACGGCAAGAUUCUGGCAGAGGAACGGGAUUUUGACAAGAACCUUCAGCAAAAAUACGGCAUCCCUUUCCUUGACAUUCACCGGGUUGAUUUGCAGAAGAUCUUGUAUAAUAAAGCCAUCUCGCUUGGUGUCAUUGUGCAGCUCGAUUGUCGCGUGCCGUUGGUUGUGAGCACAUCGGCAGGGCCGAAAGUCGUCUUCAAAUCCGGUCGAGAAGUUCAAAGCGACCUAGUCGUUGGGGCUGACGGACUGUGGUCAAAAUGUAGAGAGAGCAUGUUGAAGAAAGCCGACGAGCCGUUACCGACCGGAGACUUGGCUUACAGAAUUGUUCUACAACUUGACAAGAUCACAGAUCCUGAAUUGAGGCAUUGGAUCGCUAACCCUCAGGUUCAUUUCUGGAUCGGCCCCUAUUCCCACGCAGUGGCAUACUCAAUCAGAGGCGGCACAAUGUACAAUAUAGUCCUCCUUUGCCCAGACGACCUCCCGCACGGACUUUCACGAACGACAGGCUCAGUCAGCGAGAUGCAGGCAUUAUUUGCUGGGUGGGAUCCCAUACUCACCCGUUUCCUCAAGCAAGUUGAUCAAGUCGACAAGUGGAAACUUAUGCAUCGUGAAGAGGUUGCAUCAUGGACGAAUCUGGAGAAGAACUUCGUCUUGCUCGGCGAUUCCUGCCACCCAAUGCUUCCCUAUCUUGCACAAGGUGCAAAUUCAUCCAUCGAAGAUGGUGGGGUCCUAAGAAGAUUGCUGUCGUAUGUCACAUCCAAGGAACAAUUGCCAUCGGCGAUCACGCUCUAUGAACGCCUCCGUAAACCCAGAAGCGAGAGUAUUGCCCGAGAAACCUUCCAUCAGAGGGAGGCAUUUCACAUGCCCGACGGCCUGGAACAGCAGGAAAGGGACAGGCUCUUCGAAUCACAACUGGGUAAAGAGAUAUCUGGCAAGUUUCCUAGUCGUUGGACCUGUCCAGAGGUACAGCCGUGGCUUUAUGGUUACGACGCUUAUCGAGAAGCAGAUGAGGCGGUGAAGUUGACACCGUUUGAGUAUUAG